UUCCGUUCCGAUUGGUCAAUCAAAUGCUUCAAAACAUUUGUUCCAUCAAGUGAAUUAUACUUGUAAUCGUCAGUCAAACAAACUUGUCGACUUGUUCGCGAUUUAUUGGACGAAUAUAAAAAGAAUAUCCAAUAAUGCAUGGUCGAGUAAAAGUGCGUACUACAGCAGAACAGGAGGAGAUAAAGAAAAGGGAAAGAGCAGCCAAAGUUGUUCAAUACAAGGCUGAUAUUGCUACAGUAUUUCAAAAGAGGAAAGAUAAAAUAUGGGAUGACGAAUUAUUAUUAAUUACUAAGCGUAUGCUGUUAAGUAAUUCAGACAUUUAUACAUUAUGGAAUAUUCGUCGUGAAGUUUUCCAGAAUAACAAAUGGACUGAUGAAGAAUACAAGCAACUACUUGAAAAUGAAAUGAGUUUAACUGAAAAUUGCCUUAAAGAUAAUCCUAAAUCAUACAGUGUAUGGCAUCAAAGAUGUUGGGUGAUGGAACAAAUGUCUGAACCUGAUUGGAAGAGAGAAUUAUCACUGUGUGCAAAAUGUCUAAAUAUAGAUGAAAGAAAUUUUCACUGCUGGGAUUACAGAGAGUUUAUUGUACAAAAAGCUGGGAUCUCUAAUGAAGAAGAAUUUGAAUUUUCCACCACAAAGAUAUUAAAUAAUUUUUCAAAUUAUUCAUCUUGGCACUAUAGAAGUCGAAUAUUAUACAAAAUGUUUGGCACUACAUUAGAGGAGAUACCAAUCAUAGAUGAAAAAUAUAGAGAAGAGCUCGACCUUGUCAUGAAUGCAACUUUUACCGAUCCCAAUGACACUAGCGCAUGGUUCUACCAAAGAUGGCUUUUAGAUAAGUGCAUGACAACUUGCAGGCUGUGGCGUGCUAUUAUUAAGAAAGAUAUCGCUUAUGUUAUUAUUGACAACAAUAUACUGAUUGAGCCAGUUUCACUUUCACUAUAUAUAAAUAGUGAGGUUGUUGAUGUACAAUGGCAACUAUAUCCAGAUGAGAAGUUUGCCAAGUUACAAAUUGCAAGAUUUGUGAAGCCAUUAGAAAAUUUGGAUCAUGCCAAAGAAGUUUUUAUAAAAUUGCAAGAAACUACAUAUAAACUCUCAUAUUCAGAAAUAGAAAGUGCAUGGAUUUACAAAGAUAAUUCAAGUUUGCAUAGACAAAAUAGUAAUGACGAACAAUUAAAUGAACAAUUAAAGAGUUACAACCAACUUUCCAAAAUGGAACCAAAUAAUAAAUGGGCUUUAUUAACUGGUAUAUUAUUGAUGAAGAAGAUUGAUCUUAAAAAAUUUUAUACCGAUAUAUUAAAUAAUUUGAUGCUGCUAUCGAAAAUCGAUAGUCUUCGCAAGAAUUAUUAUAAAGAUUUGCGAAGCAAACUCUUGGUGGAAUAUAAUUUGCUCGAAAUAUGGAAAAAGGAGAAUGAUAUGGAAAUACAAAUCAGAAUUGAUUUAUCAGGAUUAGAUUUAACGAAAUUACAUAAUAAUCAUUACUUUGGUUUGUUUGAGAUAGUGAACCUUGAUGCAAAUCAAUUGGAGAAUUCUUUGCAUCAACUUUCUACGUUACAACGAUGUACAAGGCUGUCACUCUCCAGCAAUGGCAUAACAUCAUUAAAAAAUUUUCCUACUCUACAUAAUCUCGAAUUUUUCUCUUUGAGAAAUAAUAAAUUAACAAACUCAGAAGAGAUAUUAAAUUUAAUAAAACGACAUAAGAACUUGAAAAAUUUAGAUUUAACAGAUAAUCCAGUAUGUGAAAAGCUUGAGCCUCAAAUUCUGAAUGUACAUCUUAUAACUAAUCUGUCCCUUGAAAGUUAAAAAUAACAUCAAGAGAGAAAUAUAGUUU